AAUCUGCUGUUAGUAACUAACACACACACUCACACACCGAGACUCAAUUACUGCCCAAUUCCCUUCUUUAUCAUUCGUCCCCGACCUCUUUCAUAACCAAAAGCGACCAAGGAAAAAAAGAGGCGAGAAGAAGACCAAGCCGAAGUGUUAGUUGAACUAAAAACCCACGUUGGAAAUAAGUAAAGUGUCGAAACUAAAAAAAGGUGUUACAGCAGUUAUGUCAAAGAGCUGAAGACAUCUCUAACAAUAUGGAGUCUGGAGAGCGGCUGGCCUCCCCUGCGCCCACCCUGUCUGCUGCUCGCACCUCCUCCCCUGCGGCCUCUUCUUCCUCCUCCUCCUCCUCCUCCUCUUCGUCCUCUUCAUCAUCCCCGGCUCCCCACUCUAAGAGCAGCCUGGCCCCGAGCCCCUCGGCACUGGGAUCCACCCUCAGCACCUCUGGCCGUCUGUUUGGAGCAGCAGGAGAGCAGCCCUUCAUUGGCUCCACAUUGUCAAGUGCCUUCCCUCUGGUCAACCACCCAGCCUUCGGAGCCCUCUACACUGCCGGGGCAGGCAGGCCUGAGUUUGGAGGCCUGGGUUCCCUGGGCAUGUCAGCUGCUCUGGCUGCCCACCCCCAGCUAGGAGCCCUCUCUGAGUGGUGGCGAGCUGCUGAAGCCCAUGGACGGGGAGCUGCUGCCUUUCUCCCCUCUUUUAUCGGCUUCCCUCCUUUCUUUACCCCUCAUAUUCAGCCCAACCACAGCGCCAGUCCUGUUCAGAUCAGGAUGCCCGGCAAGAAUAGCCAUGCUCCGCCUAAAGGGGUAAACGGGGCAGUGAAUGGCAGCGGGGUCUGUCCUCCCACCACACAAUCAGGGAGCUUUUCAACGAGUCCGGCUCCUGUUCAGGCAUCGACCAAGCCAACCAAAAAUUCAGACGCCUCUAACAGCCACCGUAGUAGCCCUCAGAACAAUCCAGCAGAGCUGGUGGAAAAGCCGGUCCAGAAAACUAAAGAAAAGAAACCACGAAAGAAGCCAGCAGACACUUUAGGGGGGAGCAACAGUGAAUCAGGCACAUCCUCAGACAGCACAAGUGACGGGUCCAUUAGCAGCGAUCUGGAAGACCUGGCAGAAGAUGAUGAAGACGACGACGAUGAUGAUGAGGAUGAUGAAGAGGACGACAAAUUAUCAGACUCUGAGAAGCGGGUAAAGAAAAAAUCAAAGGGUUUGAUAUCCAGCACUGGAUCUGCAAAGACAGACGGACCGCUCUCUGGGGAGCUUCAGGAUAAGAAGGUCUCCUCAAACCCCCCCACCCUUGUGCCCUUACCUCGCUCUGCCUCCCCUCCUGCCUUGUCCCAAACCUCACCGCUGGCCCUGCACAGCUCCAGGACCCGGACAGACGCGCCACAGCAUCACUUCAGUGUGAUCCAGUCCACCGGCCUGGCUGCCAACUCAAAGCCCCUGGCGCUCCUCACUCAGCCCCGCAGGGAGUCUUCGCCAUCCUCUUCUCCCAUCGCUCUCACCACAUCCCCAAAGGCUCUAUCCAGCACCUCCUCUCCAAAACCACCCAAACUGCUGCCCUCCUCCUCCCCCCAGCACCUGCCCCUCUCCCUCUGCUCCUCCCCUAAGCCACUCUCUGUCCCCUCUCCACCCCGCUCCACUCUCCCGCCGUCUACCUCCCCGAAAUCUUUUGGUUUGACCUCAUCUGUGACGAGCUCCAGGAAGUCUUCACUGAAGCAGCCUCAGCACACUGGUUCUGGAUCUGCCAAAUCCAACAAAAAGAAAAUGCUGGAGGCUUCACUCGCACAAAUCAAUGAGUUCAGGCUCAAACAGACUCUCAUGUCCCAAGGGCAGACGUUCCCAGCUGAGCUAAAGAAGCAGCAGCAGGGGCCAAAAAAGUCUCCUAAGAGGACGUCUCUGUCUUCAUCACCACUGCAUCCUGCUCCUCCUCCCCAGAACAAUCACUCCAACCUCUUCCUCUCGAGUGCCCUGCUGGGGCUCCCUGAACCCCAUCACCCUAAUGGAGUCAUCCAAAGCACCACUCAGGACGCACCUCUGGCCCUCAUCACCAAACCUCGCAAAGACUCGGCCUCCAAAGGCAAGUCCCCUCAGUGCGAUACGGAUGCUGGGUCCAUGCCUGUCAAUCUGAGCACAGGGGCGAGCAGAACCCAAACAGCCGCCCACGCUGGGGCUCCGUCACAGCCCUCCACUACCUCACCCCAUGCAACAGGCCAUGGAUCCAGAAAGAACAAGACCCCCAAGGGAAAGGGACAGACACCAGGGCAGGGGCAGGGACAAGCAGACCCUUUAGCUGCCUGGAAGGGCUUCUCUCAGAACCACCUGGUCCAGUCUCUGGUAGACUUGUUUCGUGGAGGAGAGUCAGGGAUCGGGAUCCCUGGAGUUAGUAUCCCCGGAGUCGGAAUUCCUGGAGUGGGGAUCCCUGGGACGUGUAACCCCACAGCUGGUCUCCCGGCUAAUAAGGAAUCUGAUGACUCUGCAGAUGACGAUGAUGAUGAGGAUGACGACCUUGAGGAGGAGGAGGAUGAAGAGGACUCAGAUGAUAGUCUGUCAGAGUCUGACACGAACUCUGACAGCGACAUCUCUGGAAAGAAAGUGAAGGAGUUAAAGCUGCUGCCGUCUGGAUCAUCUAAGAAGGAGAUGACUCCCCGCAGGCUAACCAAAGGCCCUGAACUACUGAACACCUCAACUAAUCACACCGCCACCAGCUGCUCUCCCCUCAACCUGCAGGUCAUCAAGACUCCAACCAUUGUCACCAGCUCCAGUGCCUUGGCCUAUCACAGCUCUCCUGGCUCAUCAUCCUACAGCCUGGCCUCUCCAUUAGGCUUAGGAAAGAGGAAGAGGGUGAUGGAUGAGAAGGAGUUGAUGACACCUCUGGAGUUGGGGUGGCGGCGAGAGACAAGAAUCAAAUCAGUUGCUGGUCGGCCGCAGGGCGAGGUGGCCUACUACGCCCCCUGUGGCAAGAAACUAAGGCAGUACCCAGAUGUGAUGAAGUAUCUAUCCAGAAAUGGAAUAAGUGGCAUCACGCGUGAUAAUUUUAGCUUCAGUGCAAAGAUAAGGGUUGGUGACUUCUAUGAAGCCAGAGAAGGACCCCAGGGUUUACAGUGGAGCCUGUUGAAGGAAGAGGAGGUCAUUCCUCGUAUUUUGGCCAUGGAAGGUCGAAGGGGUCGCCCCCCUAAUUCUGAACGUCAGUUACAGGGCGAGUCAGCCAAAGGUAACCGACGGAGGAAGGGACGGCCUCCUAAUGUGGGUGAUCCGCUGGUACCCGAGGGCCCCAGUCCCAGUGAGGUCAAACUUCUGCGCAAACUAGAGGCUCAAGAGAUAGCCCGACAGGCCGCCCAGAUGAAACUGAUGAGAAAACUGGAAAAGCAGGCACUGGCGCGUGCAGCCAAAGAAGCACGGAAACAGCAAGCUAUCAUGGCAGCAGAGGAGAGAAGGAAGCAGAAAGAGCAGAUCAAGAUCCUCAAGCAGCAGGAAAAGAUCAAGCGUAUUCAGCAGAUUCGGAUGGAGAAAGAACUCAGGGCGCAGCAAAUUUUGGAGGCCAAACGCAAAAAGAAGCAAGAAGCCGCCAAUGCCAAAAUAUUGGAAGCUGAAAAACGCAUAAAGGAAAAAGAGUUGAGGAGACAACAGGCAGAGAUUCUCAAACACCAGGAGUUGGAGAGGCAUAGACUAGAUAUGGUAUGGGAGAGAGAGAGGAGGAGACAACAUGUAAUGCUGAUGAAGGCUGUUGAGGCUCGCAAGAAGGCAGAGGAGCGCGAGCGCGUGCGGCAGGAGAAAAGGGAUGAGAAGCGCCUGAACAAAGAGCGCAAACUGGAGCAACGGAGGCUGGAGCUGGAGAUAGCAAGGGAGCUGAAGAAGCCAAAUGAAGACAUGUGUCUGUCUGAUCAUAAGCCUCUCCCUGAGUUCUCCCGCAUUCCUGGACUCAUCCUCCCAGGCCGAGCCGUGUCAGACUGCCUGAUGCUGAUGCAAUUCCUGCGAGGCUUUGGCAAAGUUCUGGGGCUCGAUCUGAAUACAGAUGUGCCCACACUGGGCAUGCUACAGGAGGGUUUGCUCAAUGUGGGAGACAGCAUGGGUCAGGUGCAAGAUCUUCUGGUCAAACUGCUCUCUCUGGCUGUCUGUGAUCCUGGUUUACCACCUGGACAAAAGACGAAAACCAUGCUUGGGGACCACUUGACAAACGUUGGCAUCAAUCGGGAUAAUGUGUCUGAGGUGCUACAGAUGUACAUGGGAGCCCAUUGUGCCAACACAGAUCUGGCCCCUCUGGCCCUCAGUCUGAAGACAAAGGCCUUCCAGGCCCACACACCUGCUCAGAAAGCCUCCAUCCUUGGCUUCCUGGCCAAUGAGCUGGCCUGCAGCAAACCAGUCAUCAGUGAGAUUGACAAGAGUCUGGAUCAGAUGGCAAACAUGAGGAAGGAUAAGAUCAUCAUGGAGGGAAAACUGAAGAAGCUGAGGACCAUUUAUGCUAAACGCACUGGGAAGAGAGAAGCCAGUAUGGGCGUGGAAGAGAACCAGUCUGUUAGCACGCCGUCUUCUGCCACCAAACGUAAGCGGAAACUGGGCGGCGACAGUGACGAUGACGAUGAUGAUGAAGAUGACAGUGAUGAUCCGGCUGAGGAGGAGGAUGAAGAGGAGGAGGAGGAAAUAAAGAAGGUCAAAAAAGUGGAGACAUAUGAUGAGGAUGAAGUCGACCAGGCCACCAGUCUUGAAGAACUGGAGAAGCAGAUUGAGAAAUUAGCCAAGCAACAUCAUCAGACCAGAAGAAAGCUGUUUGAGAUUUCACAUUCUCUGCGCUCCAUGAUGUACGGUCAGGACCGCUACCGUCGCCGAUACUGGGUGCUGCCCCACUGUGGAGGGGUCUUUAUUGAAGCCAUGGAGAGUGGAGAAGCUCCUGAAGAGCUAGAGGAGGAGCGACAGAGGAGGAGGAGAGCAGCAGAGGAGGUCAAGGUCAAAGAGGAACCUCAGGAGAUGGCGGUACAGAAGGACAAGUCCUCCACCCUGGAUGGGCAGAGCACUCGAACACAAGGCUUGGAGCAACAGAAAGAGGAGGAAAAGGAGCAUGAGGAGAAGAAGAGCUCCCAGACUCUCUUCUACCAGCAACCAGGCAGUGUCUCUAAACUGUGCACAUACCGGAACAUCACUAAAGACAUUGGUAAAGAAAGUGUGAAGGCAGAGGACAAGGAGAGUCUACAUGUGAUACCUAACGGCAGCCCUGUGGACACCCCUGCUGCCGUCAUCACAACAUCCUCCCCCAUUCACAGUACCUCUCAUUCAACAGUAGCAACAACCCCUUCCAUGGCAACCAUUAAUGACUCUACAAACACCCCUCCCCCAGCCUCAAUGUCACUAUCCAUCCCGUGCCCACCAGCCCCUCGUGAAAGCCCAGGGAACACUCCUCCAACCUCAUCCCCUGCUCCAUCUCCACACCUCUCACUCCAAGCAAAUGACCAGCUGCUGCGAGUGCUGACUGAAAGGAGUGGACACUGGUUCAGUCUGCUCCCUCGUAACCCCUGUGACCUCUCAUCCCUUACUACGACUCCUCCAGGAGCAGCCCAUGUGUCCCCCCAGGCGUCAUCCACCCCAGCCAGGCCUAGAUCCCCACCUCCUUCCCCUGCUCUGCCUCUUACUCCUUCUGCUGCCUCGGCCUCUGCAAGCCCACACCACCCAGCGGGCCUCCUUAACUACCCGCUAUCAGCACUGCAGGUGAAGUCAGGCGGCUCAUUGUUAGGAGUUUCAUUUGGAAGCUGGUCCAGCGGCAUGUUGAGUCCCAGCUUGCCCUUGUGCAACAGCCCCAGCCCCAUGCCCGGUCACUCUCUGGAGGGCAACACAGCAGCAAGUGUGUCCAGUAAGAGUGAAUCACCUUUACCUCGUAUCGAGAAAACCUCAUUCAUGCCCUCUCCUGCCUUGGAGAUGCCCAAAUCCCUGGACCAUCAAACACCUCGGCCUAUUCCAGAGGAGAUGCUGACAGGGUGGUGGCGGGUGUCUGACAUCGAGGAACUGAGGGCUCUAGUGGAUGCUCUCCACAGCCGAGGCAUCAGAGAGAAGGGCCUCCAGAGGCAGAUCCAGAAAUACAUGGAGAUCAUCCCUCAGGUCUGCACCAAACACAGAGAUGUGGCCAUGAUUGAGCUGCAUGAGCUGGAAGAGAGUCAGGUCAGUGUGGAGUCAGUGCGGGGCUGGUGUGUGGAGGAGCAGGCGAUGGAGAUGGACAUUGCUGUGCUGCAGCAGGUCGAGGAGCUGGAGAGGAAGGUCACUGCUGCCAGCCUGCAGGUCAAGCAGGGCUGGACAUUCCCAGACCCUCAGUCGGAACGAGAGGACCUGGUUUACUUCGAGCACAAGCCCCCCACCAAAUCAACGCCAACCACAGCAAACCCCGGGGACAGGGACUCCAAAGACUCCAAGGAGCAUCCAGAGGAGCGGGGGGAGAAGGGCGGGGUGAUGCGUCACCCGGACAACCCGCUGGACAUAGCAGUGACACGUCUGACUGAUCUGGAGCGCAACAUCGAGAGAAGGUACCUGAGGAGUCCCUUAGGUACCACCAUUCAGAUCAGACUGGAUAAUGUGGGUACGGUCACUGUCCCUGCCCCCGCCCCAUCCACUAGUGCUGACAGGGAAGGUGGCGAGGAGGAGGUGGCCCAUGGUAUGAAGGUCUGGAGGAAGGCCCUCAGUGAAGUGCGGAGUGCUGCUCAGUUAGCCAUGUGCAUCCAGCAACUGCAGAAGUCCAUCGCCUGGGAGAGGUCCAUCAUGAAAGUGUACUGCCAGAUGUGCAGGAAGGGGGAUAAUGAGGAUCUCCUUCUGCUCUGCGAUGGCUGUGACAAAGGCUGCCACACUUACUGUCACAAACCCAAAAUCACCAGUAUCCCAGAAGGAGACUGGUACUGCCCGGCCUGCAUAUCCAAGGCAAGCAGUCCAUCUCCCAAAAGCAAAAAACCUCCAAGCAAACAAGUAGCAUCCAGCGGAGGAGGAGGUGGAGGUGGAGGUGGAGGAGGCGGAGGAGGAGGAGGGGGAGGUGGAGGAGGAAGUAAAAAAGGCAGCGAGACGAAGAAGAAUGGGAAGCAGCAGGCAGGUAAUGGGGAAGUGUCAGAGGACGACCCACCCAGCGCCAGCAGCACGCCCAAGAAAGGAGCAAAAGACACCAGCAGAAAGAGGAAAACAGAGGAGAGCCCACCUGCUCAGCCAGCAGCCAAUCAGGAGAGCCCUGCAUGUGUGAAACGAGCCAAGACAGCGAGAGACAACAACAGAGACCUGGGAUUAUGCAGGGUACUCCUUGCUGAGCUGGAGCGGCAUCAGGAUGCAUGGCCUUUCCUCACACCCGUCAACCUGAAAUCGGUCCCUGGAUACAAGAAGGUCAUCAAGAAACCGAUGGACUUCUCCACCAUACGUGAGAAGCUUGUGAGCAGCCAGUAUCAAAACCUGGAGACCUUCAUCAUUGACGUCAACCUGGUCUUUGAUAACUGUGAAAAAUUCAAUGAAGACAAUUCAGACAUUGGUCGAGCUGGUCAUAACAUGAGGAAGUUUUUUGAGAAGCGCUGGACGGAGCUUCUAAAACAAACAAACUAAAAAGUCUGUUCAGACUCCGAACAUGAAAACCCAUUAAACGUUUCCUAUUGGAGCACCAGGUUUUAUCAUUGUUUUUAUUCCCUGAUGGAGAAUUUGGCUUUGAGGGAUGGAAGAAGAAGACAAAUCCUAAAUAAGGAAUCCACGGUGUGAUUCGGAGAGACGUCACCUUGAAAAAACAAACAAGUCGUUACAUGAGGUGUGCUGGAUUUUUAUUACAACAGGGAUAAAAGCCCCAAAGAGUCCCAGAGAAAUGGGGUGUCAUAGUGCAAUACCAUUCCCUGUCUCAGAACACUGCACUGAAUUAAUCCUCAACUAUCACUGAUGUGUCUGCGCUAAAAUACUUUCCACUACCUGUAAAUAGUCUUUUGUUAUUUAAUCGUAUUAUAGUGAAUGUAUUUAAUUUUGUAAUAAUUAUUUAUGAAUCAAGGUCCACUUCAUUUUCUAUGAAAAGGAAGAAUCAGCUGAACUGCUUUGAAUUAAAAAAGGAAUGUGUCUUUGUGUUAUAAUUUUUCUCCCAAAUAUCAAACAAAGCCAAGAAAAAAAACUGUUUACACUGUUCAGUGCUUUUGGGCAUCAGAGGACUGUGUUCAUUUGUUCAAACUGUAAAACUGCAUUUAUUUACAGGAUCAGCAGAGGAACAGUCAGACAAUUGUGAUUCAUGUGUAUAUACUGUUUAUUAAUGUCAAUAUUAUGUCUUGUUUGGAACGAUGUGUACAAAUUGUUUAAGAAUAUUAAGAUAUUGUUUAUGCCUUAGAAUGAUUGUAGCAUUCUAUUUUAGUGAACGUGAUGAAAACAUUAUCAUAAAUAUUGUUUGUACAGUAUAUACAUAUCCUCUGCAAACACUGUGGUAUCCUUAAUCUUGGUAGUGCCUACCCUUCCAACAGGGGCAUGUAGGGGAUGUUAUUGUUUUUAGUUUUCAUUCUUAUGACAACAUUAUUUUUUUAUAUGAUUUCAAUCCAACAAGGCCUCCAAAGUUGGACAGUGACACAGAAAUCAUUCCUCACCAUAGAAGAAGAAGACGAAGAAAGGAACAACAAGCAUUCGGUGAUGCUUCCAUGAUGCAUUUCCUUGUAAUCUGCCACAAUACAGAGGACCUAAGGCCAUUUGUAACCACUGUGUUGAACCUUGCUGUGUGUUGUGGCCUGAUGGAGGCAGCUAGAUUUUUUUGUACCCAAGUCAAGAGUACUUGAAGUUACUUUAUUUAAGAUAUUGUGGAAUAAAAGUAUCAUUCUUUUGUAGGAGCUUUAUUUUUCACUAGUGUGUGGCACGGACCUAUUAAAAGGAUGUUU